AUGUGCCUAGAAACCCCUCCGCUCGCAGGCCAUGAUGGUUCCUUCGAAGUUGAGCUGGAGAUUAUGGAGCUGCUGCAAGUUACGGAUAAGCCCAACCCGCUCAUUAUCGUUCAAGUUUGCAAAGCCAUACCAGAAGCUCCCCCUGGACUCUUCAACCCCGGUGAAACACUGGUCGCCAAAGUGUUUGAUCCUCUCUUCGUCGACACGGAAGACGAUGUAAUACUACACGAGUUCCAAGGCACACAUAUCCCCAAGCUCUACGGAUCAUUUUCAAGGUCAAUCCCUGUCCCGGAACAGAAAGACUCAAGCCGCGAUGUUCGUCUUAUCCUCAUCGAGCUUGUACCCGGUACUUCAAUGCAACAAGACUACCCAGACCUCUAUUCAACAAAAACUCGGCAGAAAAUCAUAAAGCAAAUCAUCAAGAUUGAAACUCGCUUCUACGCACGAAGCGUUGGACUCACCAAUCUGGCUCCCCGCAACGUCAUGAUGACCGAUGAUGAAGACCCAACCCAGCUUGUUUUCCUGGACUUCGGCGAUACCUACUCCCCUAAUGUACCAAAAGACAUCUCACCCGUUUCAAGAUGGGUUGAUGGCGGACUGAUAUGA